AGAGUUGCGAGGCAAAACGGCUGGUCACAUGAGCAGAGAUCUGUUUACAAACCCGAAGCAGAGCAGCAAGAGAGAGGAGCGAGGGAGAGGAAAGAAGAGGGGGGGAAAGGCAAACUGCAGGCACCAUUAUGGACUGAAAAAAAAAGGAGCAAAGAGGGGGAGAAGUCUGCCAUGACAAAGCCAGCUGGAGGUGCGAGAGGCUGACAAACACACUCCGCCUUUGUCUCAGAUUUUUUUUUUCUCUUCUUUCCGUCUUUUCUUAAUCGAAGGAGCAGAUGGUUAGAGGGAGAGUAGGAUCCCCCCUCCCUACGCACAAACAAAACACACGCACGUAUCUUCUCCGAGUGUCACACAAACACACAGCAGCUAUAGAGGACUGCUGGUGACUGCAUGGAGCUGUCCUCACUUUGUUUGCUCUUGGAGAAGGAGAACGUCGCUGCCUUCAUCGCCGAGGAGGAGCACCGACUGCAAGAUCGGAGGACUGGGGGAAGAGGAGACCGAAGAGGGGGUGAGACUUGUGAAAAUCCCCUGUUAGAAAAAGCUGCUUUAUAGGAGGAAGACAACAGCGCAGAUUAAUGUUGGAUUAUUGCCUUCGUUGAGGGUUGAGGAUUUGUCAUUUUAACGCUGGAUGCCAUUGUAACUGGUGAGAGGUUGUGGUGGUGGGGGGAGAGAGGAGACGACACCGCAAAGUGACGCAAAGUGAAGUCAAGGAGGCUCUUUCCCCUUCUCCCUGUUAGAAAUAAACAUCUUGAGGUCCCCAGACCCAAAUCUUCGCCGCCUCAACUCAACCCGGAGUGGUUAAUCCAGAUUUGGGAGAAUGCUGUGCAGCCCAGACUGCUGAGCCAACAACAACAACAAAAAAGAACCACACCUCCCGAGGAUUUCUGGACUCUGAAAAUCUCCCAUGACUUGUUUGUGAAGGAGCUAACGCAAAAAUCCAGGUCAGGGAGAGAAACCUUCGCUAAGAAAGAAACAAAUUACGGCAUCUGAGACUCCGGAUCCACUGCUUCUGGCGUUUCUCCAGUCUCUUCUCCUGACAGGGCCCUGAAUUCACUGCUGCCUGCUUGGGAGUCGAAUUUCAUGCAACCAUUCCAAUGGUGUAACGGAUGCCUUUGUGGUUUGAGUUUUCAUCGCUCUGAACACUACUGCAGCAUGACGUCUGACAUCUACCACCUCCCCCUCAACGUCUAUGUCAUCGUCCUGGGCAUCGGCCUCUUCGUCUUCAUGCUCAGCCUCAUCUUCUGCUGCUACCUUUUCAGGUUAAAACAGCAAGGAACCAGGGAGCAGUUCAGCUACAACGAGGUGGUGCUGAAAGGAGCCAGCAAGAAGCUGAGCCUUCUCGGACAAACUUGCGCCGUGUGCCUGGAGGAAUUCAGGACCCGAGACGAACUGGGCGUGUGUCCGUGUUCACAUGCAUUUCACAAGAAGUGCCUGCUCAAGUGGCUGGAGAUUCGCAGCGUGUGCCCCAUGUGCAACAAGCCCAUCCUGCGGCUCCACUCCGACGCCCCGCAGGGCGCCGAGGGUCCCAUGGAUCCAGAGGAGGUGUGAGACAAUCGAGGGGAAGAGAAAGACCCGUUCCCCCUCUCAGAAAACACCCACAUUAAAUACACUAAAGAUGAUGAACAUCUCAGAAGGUAACAAGUGGUAACCAUCCCACGCUGGGGCUCUGGUGGAGAGUUUCGAGCGACGCGCCUCGGCUGGGAAUUGAGACAUCGACGACAGCGCCGCCAUGUUUGAUCGGAUCAGUCAGAGAGAGACCGGAUGAGUAGGAUUAUUUCCAUAAAAACAAAGUUCCUAGUUCUGCUUCCAUGUUGCACUGUAACACAGCUACAAAAACAACAACGGCAGGAGAAAGAGAGAGAGAGGUGGAUUAUCAGGACAAGUAGAGCAGCACUGCCAGUGACUAAUAUCACCACAGGCACGGAGCGGGACGUCCCAGAAUCAGUCCGAAUGCUUUCUCUACUUUCUCAGGGGUGUUUACCAAUGCAGCCAGCACAACCCAUGUCAGUUACCAUAGAAACCCAGUGCCACAUAUGCAUCUCAAGUACUGCCAGUGAAGGCGAGACGCCCCAGAAGCCAGAGUUCGCCACAACAUCUGGCUGAAACGCAGAUGGAAGAAAAACCCCCCGACGAUUUCAGUAGGAACCGAUUGUGACCCCGUCCUCCUUUAAAACAGGACUCUUAGAAAACUAGUCUUGCCUGUAUGUAUUGUGUGUAAAAGUCUCCCUAUAUGAUGUUAUUUUGUAUUUUAAAUAAAGUGUCAUGUAAUGUCA